AUGAAUUCUCUUCACGAGUCCGACGAGCGUCAGGCGAUUGUCCACAUCGUUGGAAUGGACAUCGUCGAUGAUCGUGGGAGACAGAAGGGGUCUAAGUUCCAGGAGCGCAAGUUCCAUGGGGUGUAUCUAGUGACGAAGGUGUUGUCCCCAACUAGUUAUCGGGUGAAGCCGGUGCACCGAGUGGAAGGCGGUAAGUUGGAGAUGACAGCCCAUGCGACGUCGUUGAAGCGGUGGAAAGGAGAUCGAGACAACAAGUUGCAGCCGACCAAGAGACUGAGGAAAGGCGAAUGA